AUGCAGCACUCCCUUUGUCGACGCAUGCACUUCGUGCUUUUUCUUCUUGUAGAUGGCAGAUGGCUUCUUGUUGCCUGUGUCAAACAGCUUGAACUCCUAGGGACCGCUCCGAAGGCGCUGCCGAGGAAAGAAGAGGAAACCCCGCAAGAGGAACCUGCGGAAAACCUGUCCGAUGACAUGACCGAAGAUGAGGACAUGGGCGAGAAGAAACGCUCCAAGAAAAGCAAACGCCAGCUGGGCACGAAGGUGAAGAAGAUUCUCUGCAAGGACGCCACGCUGAAACACAAAGCCUUGGCGAGAAUGAAGGCUCGAGAAAGAAAUGAGAUGCAUGCAGACGACGAGGCAGAGGACAAGAAGGUCGUCGCCGUGGUGCGUGGACGCCGACAAGGAAUCAGGGAAAUCCACCGUUGCCGAGAUAAAAAGGUUCUGAGACAGAUUCUCAAGCGACAGCGCAAGAAUAUUACCAUCUGUAGGAAAAAAGCUGCAUAA